UUUAUUCAGGUACGACGAUCGCAAUGAAACAGUUAUUUAUAAUCGUGUGCUGUACCCUAGUGGUGACUAAUGCUCAGUUCCCCGGAUUCAGCAUUAGUCCCAGUGGAUUCGGUGGCUUUUCGUUUUCGAGCCCAUUUUUCAACUCUUCAUUCACGCCUUCAAAUCCGAUGGAUCGUAUAUCUAAAAUUUCAUCUACGAUCGGAAACACAGUGAACAAUGUACAACGAAACCUUCCAAGGCUGCCACAGCUGCCAAAUCCUAUCACAGCGUUUUCUCGAUUUGCUAGGCCGUCCAGCAAUUCAGUGAAUUCAAACACAAACUCCAAUUCAAACCAGAAUUCGUUUGAUAACCGAGCCGAUUCUGGUGCUGACGUGGCUAGGAAUACGUUUAAUGAGCUCAUGAAUCGAAUUCCUGGCGUUCCUAAUUUUGGAAAUCCCAGUGAUCUGUUCAACUCAUUUAAGGAUUCGAUGAAUAAAAUAACGAAUCAGAGAGCCGCUAACCCCGACCAGAUAUUCAACCAAAUGAACCAAUUUCUACCAGAAGUGGCUCGCGUAAUGAAUAAUGUUGCCAAUUACACCAAGUCAGCUGCCAACACUGAUGCAUGGCGGAAUAUAUCUAGUGUCAUUCGGCACCAAAUGCAGAACAGAAUAGAUUCAAUGGUACGUGGCUUUUCUAACAUCACUUCCGCAAUGAAAAACGUUGCCAAUAGUUUGCCGAGCCUUGUGCCCGGUCAAGGCUUGAAUACGACGCUUCGCAAUGAGCCGUUCUUUUUCCCCAAUCGAUCUGGGAUUGUUCACUUGUUUGAGUGGAAGUUCGAUGACAUUGCAGAAGAGUGUGAGAAAGUGCUGGGACCGAAUGGGUAUGGAGGCGUGCAGGUAUCUCCGAUCAAUGAAUACUUAGUAUCACCUUCUCGAUCAUGGUGGGAACGAUAUCAACCGAUUUCCUACGAAAUCAAAUCACGAUCGGGUAACGAGGAGCAGUUCUCCGAUAUGGUGCAGCGUUGCUUAAAAGCCGGCGUGCGAGUCUACGUGGAUGUGGUGGUUAACCACAUGGCUGCUCCGGGAUCCUAUGCACCGCUAUACGGUACUGCUGGAUCAACCUGUGAUCCAUUGGCUAGGGAUUUCCCAGCCGUUCCGUUCAACAGAUCCCAUUUUCAUGCCACUUGCCAGAUAGAUAAUUAUAAUAAUGCGACCAAUGUUAGAGAUUGCGAACUGGUGUCUCUGCCUGAUCUGGAUCAAUCGAACAGCUUCGUACGGGAGAAGGUCGUCGAAUAUUUGAACCAUUUGAUCGAUCUUGGUGUAGCAGGAUUCCGAAUGGAUGCGUGCAAACAUAUGGCUCCAGCAGAUUUGAAAGCUAUCUACGAUAGCUUGAAACCGGUUAAUGCACUCUACUUCUAUCCACCAUUGGCUAGGCCGUUCAUCUAUCAGGAAGUCAUCGAUCUGGGUACCGAAGCCGUUUCCGCCAAAGAGUAUACGGAUCUAGGCGUGGUAACGGAGUUCGAUUGGUGUCUUAUAGUGGGGGAAGUCUUCGGCGGCACUCUCACUGCAUCCGCUCUUGAGAUGCUCACUAAGAACGGCUCAACGGGAGUUCUGCUUCCAUCCAGUCAAGCUCUGGUGUUCGUAGAUAAUCAUGACAAUCAGCGUGGUCACGGAGCAGGAGGUGAUUCGAUUCUCAACUAUAAGAAGAAGCCACAGUACAUCCAGGCAGUGGCAUUCACUCUAGCCACCGACUAUGGAAUAGCGAGAGUGAUGAGCUCUUAUGAUUUCUCGAACACUGACCAAGGGCCCCCACAGGAUUUGCUUCAAAUUAUUAAAUCUCCAGGCGUCGCAGCAGAUGGCUCGUGUACGAAUGGCUGGGUAUGCGAACACCGUUGGCCAGAGAUUAGAAGAAUGGUUCUAUUCAAAAACUAUGUUGACGGGACUCCACUAGACCAUAUUCAGUCGACGAAUGAAACGUUCGCUUUUUGCCGUGGAGAAAAAGGGUUUAUCGUGUUCAACAAUUCAGAGGACACGAUAACGCAAGUUUACCACACGUGCCUACCGCAAGGUCAGUAUUGUGAUAUUAUAUCGGGAGAACUAUCCCACGGAGCAUGUACAGGAACGGUCAUCAACGUUGAUUCAAAUGGAGAUGCUGAAAUAACUCUUGCUAAAAAUUCUGUAGUAGGUCUAUAUAUUCCUUCGAAGGUUACAUGA